AGCUAGAUUAAACCGUCAAUUUAAUACGAACAGCUAGGAUUAUGGUCAAUAAUCACCAACAGGAAUCUUGAGGGAGGGAAAAAGCCUAAUUUUGCGUUGGUGGCGGUUGGGUUUCCCUCCUAUAUAAGGGGCUCAAUAUUCUUGAAGAAUUAAACCUCAUUAUUAUUGUUCAGAGUUAAAAAAAAAAAUGGCAUUGACAAGGGGAUUAGCUUCUUCCCUCUGCCUCUCUGUUUUCUUGUUCUCUUUCACAUUCUUGUUUUGGGGCACUAGUGUUCAAGGGAAUCCUAAUUACAGAGAUGCCCUGGCCAAAUCCAUUCUGUUCUUCCAAGGACAGAGAUCAGGGAGGCUCCCCGGAGGCCAAGAAAUGUCUUGGAGGUUUAGUUCUGGCCUCUCCGAUGGUUCAUUCGCCAAUGUGGAUUUGAGUGGGGGCUACUAUGAUGCUGGAGACAAUGUGAAGUUCAAUUUUCCAAUGGCCUUCACCACCACCAUGUUAUCAUGGGCCACACUAGAGUACGGGAGGAAGAUGGGCCCAGAGGUAGGAAACGCAAGAGCCGCGAUCCGGUGGGCCACCGACUACCUCUUAAAGUGUGCCACUGCCACACCCGGUAGGCUCUACGUGGGCGUGGGCGACCCUAAUACGGAUCACAAGUGUUGGGAGCGGCCCGAGGACAUGGACACGGCUCGGUCUGUCUACUGGGUCUCGUCAAGCAGUCCCGGCUCGGAUGUGGCCGGGGAGAUGGCCGCUGCACUGGCAGCCGCCUCCAUGGUUUUCCGGAAGGCCGAUCCAAAAUAUGCAAGGUUGCUUUUGAGAACAGCAAAGAAUGUGAUGCAGUUUGCUAUGCAGUAUAGAGGUGCCUACAGUGACUCUCUUGGAUCUGCUGUUUGCCCAUUUUAUUGCUCAUACUCUGGGUAUAAGGAUGAGUUGCUGUGGGGAGCUACAUGGCUACUAAGAGCAACACACGAUGUUUCUUAUUUCAAUUUCAUACAAUCUUUGGGAGCAAAUGAUGCAACAGACCUUUUUAGUUGGGAUAACAAAUAUGCGGGUGCUCGCGUGCUCCUCUCAAGGAAUGCCUUGGUGGAAAAUGACAAGGCUUUUGAGCGGUUUAGACAACAAGCUGAAGAUUUCAUUUGCCAUAUUUUACCCAACUCUCCUUCUUCAAGCACACAAUAUACGCAAGGAGGGCUGAUGUACAAGCUAGGUGAAAGUAAUCUCCAAUAUGUGACAUCCAUAACCUUCUUGCUUACAACCUAUGGCAAGUACAUGUCCGCCUCAAGGCACACCUUCAACUGUGAGAGUCUAUAUGUGACUGCAAAUACCCUAAAAGCCCUAGCAAAGAAACAGGUUAUCUACAUUUUGGGGGAGAACCCUUUGAAAAUGUCUUACAUGGUAGGAUAUGGACCAUAUUAUCCAAAGAGAAUUCACCAUAGAGGAUCCUCAAUACCCUCUGUAUCAACACACCCACAAUCCUUUGGUUGCGAUGGCGGUUUCCAACCAUUCUUCUACACCGCCAACCCUAAUCCCAAUGUCUUAACCGGAGCCAUUGUUGGAGGUCCAAAUCAAAAUGAUGGUUACCCUGAUGAUCGGACAGACUACAGUCAUUCGGAGCCUGCAACAUACAUCAAUGCUGCCAUAGUUGGACCUCUGGCAUACUUCGCAGGGAGCCACACCAAUUGAUCUCGGGAUGCAAUGCAAGCUCAGAUUUAGCUUUUAGCAAUUAAGUUGUGUAUAUUUCUCGAUAUUAAUCACCUAAAACGGGUGUAAGGCUACCAUAAAGUUGGUGGGCUAAUUAGCUUGAGUUUUAUUUACCUAGUUUGAUUGCUUGGAUGUCCAGAUGAUCCUCUUAGUCAUAGUUGUUCCUCUCUAAAGGAAAGGAGCCUUUUUAAAGGGUUUUACGAU